UCUCUCUCUCUCUCUUGCCCGUCAUCUCUGUUUCGAGCUGCCCUUUUGCCCGUCAUCGGACACUUGCCCCUUCUGCAUCUCUCUCUUUAGUCUACUCUUCUGCCCCCCCUCUCUCUCUCUCUUUCGCUCUAUCUCCACAGACAUCAAUUCCCUUUUUUGACUAAAAUUCCACGACUGGGUUAAUCUAUUCCCAGUGAAUCUCAGUCCUUUGCUGCAAGGUCAUGCGCCAAUCUCCUGAUUUCGGGGGUUUUCCCAGUGCUAGUCCCUGCAUUUUGCACCGGAUUUCUUUGGGGUUUCCCCAGGGUAUGGUGGUCUGAUCGAGAAUCCUUGCGUUUUGCUUCUCAUCCCCUUUCUCCGGUCGGUGGUUUCGGGAGAUGGGUUUGGAAGAUAUUGGGGCCAUUAAAGUGAAAGAUAGUCUGCGAUCGGAGAAAUCAGAUGAGAGUAAGAAGAAGAAGAAGAAGAAGAAGAACAAUGUUAAUAAUAGCAAUGGAGUUGAGGAAGAAGCAAGUGGGUGUUGGGUCAAACUUAGGUUUAUGAUGGGUUGCUUACCUUCAAAAUCAGAUGUUGAUGGUUCCUUGAGUGGUACUACUAGCACUGUGGAAAGUAAGUCAGCAAAUGAGAAAUCAAGUGACCAACCAGUUCUUCAUGUUUCUUCGACGACGACGACUAGUAAUGCUGAGAGCUCUUCGUCAACUCCGAUGAUCAGUGAAGAACUGAAGGUUUCUUCUCACCUGAGGAAGUUUACGUUCAAUGAUCUGAAGUUGGCGACGAGAAAUUUCAGACCAGAAAGUCUUCUGGGAGAGGGUGGUUUUGGUUGUGUCUUUAAAGGAUGGAUUGAGGAGAAUGGCACUGCUCCUGUUAAGCCUGGAACUGGCCUCACUGUGGCUGUCAAAACCCUAAAUCCUGAUGGACUUCAGGGUCAUAAAGAAUGGCUUGCUGAGAUUAAUUUUCUCGGUAAUCUUGUCCAUCCGAAUCUUGUUAAACUGAAUGGUUAUUGCAUCGAAGAUGACCAAAGGCUGCUGGUCUAUGAGUUUAUGCCUCGAGGAAGUUUGGAGAACCACCUUUUCAGAAGGUCUUUACCUCUUCCAUGGUCUAUCCGGAUGAAGAUUGCACUAGGUGCGGCAAAGGGUCUCAGUUUCCUCCACGAAGAAGCCCUAAAGCCAGUUAUAUACCGAGAUUUCAAAACUUCGAACAUCUUACUUGAUGCAGACUACAAUGCAAAACUAUCGGAUUUUGGGCUUGCAAAAGAUGCUCCUGAUGAGGGCAAAACCCAUGUCUCUACUCGAGUCAUGGGCACAUAUGGAUACGCUGCCCCCGAGUAUGUCAUGACUGGUCACUUGACAUCCAAGAGCGAUGUUUACAGUUUCGGGGUGGUUCUGCUCGAAAUGCUGACGGGUAGAAGAUCUAUGGAUAAAACCAGGCCAAACGGAGAACACAACCUAGUGGAAUGGGCAAGACCGCAUCUCCAUGACAGGAGGAGGUUCUACAGGUUACUUGACCCGAGGCUCGAGGGCCAUUUCUCCAUUAAAGGAGCACAAAAGGCGACGCAGCUUGCGGUGAAGUGCCUGAGCCGUGACCCUAAGGUUAGGCCAAAGAUGAGCGAAGUGGUGGAAGCCCUGAAACCACUUCCGCAUCUGAAAGACAUGGCGAGCUCCUCCUACUACUUUCAGACAAUGCAAACCGACCGUCUGAAAAGUGGGUCAGCUCGGUUAGCGUCUAGAAACGGCCAACAUGUGUUCCGGACUCUGUCUAGUCCUCAUGGCUCUUCGCCCUAUCGCCAUCAGAUUCCAUCUCCUAAGCCUAAAGGAUCAACCAAUUAGCUUUCUUGGUGAUCAAGGAGAUAUUUUUUUUACGGAUUCACAUGAUUUCGUUAUCCAUUUGAAGGUAAAGACUGUCGAAUGGAACGGGAGAACGACAGAAGCUCAUCUGGUUCGUUCUUCCAUUGCUGAAGCUUCUGUCUGGAAAUGGUUAGAAGGAGAGAGAUGAAGAUGUAAAAACGUUUAUGUGAAAGAAGCUUUUCAUGUUGACUGACUGGUGUUAAUUAACACUCUCUCCCUGUAAUGUGUAAUCCCAUAUUUUAUGUUAUAUUAUAAUGUUUUCUACUUGCUA